AUGAAGCAAAACACAUACAUCGAGGCUGGUGAGAUCCUUCAUGGAGGAAGGAAGAGAGCCAAGCAGUCUGGCAAUUCUGGUAAUUUUGAAUCGCUUUACGGUGAUCCAAACAGCUGGACGGAGGUGACGCCAGAGUUCGCCGCUGCACAUGCGGAGCGCAUGAAGCGAGAACCGGACUUUGACAGCACAGGAUCAACGCUCCGCGUCGGUUGCGACGACAAACUGGACCUCAAGUUGUCCGAGGACCUCUGGGCGGUAGUCUCGAGUCUGCCCGGCCACCCCGGCUGCCUGAUGUCGGUGACGUUCUUUGAUGGGAAAACGAACCUGCCGGUGAUCAAGCCAGAAGGAGUGACGCUGGAGGCGUCCCAAUCUGGGAUCCCACGUGGAACCACAAGCGAAAAUUUUUAUGGGGCGUGGUUCAUUCAAGGAGAUAUGGACUACAAGCUGAGCAAGCAUAACGGUCGCACGUACUUCCUUGACCACCAAGCGACACUGACCGUUAGAGAAGCUUGA